AUGUUAGAUGCGGCCAGAGAAGGUGGGGGUGUGGUGACACAAGACCAGAUGCUGGAAAUGGUGGCGUCCAUAGGAGCGGCCACGCCGUACAGCAUGGUGAACACGACGGGAGGUGAGGAAGAGAGCGUGCGCAAUACAAACGAGUUGUUGUUCAUCGACUUUGUGGCGGGCGGCAGGUCCAGGGAAAUGGGUCAAGGAGCAUUGUGCCGAUGGAUUCGCAGACGACCCGUUUUACGAAGCCGACGUUCAUGGCGUGGAUCUCCCCGUGUCAAUCCACCAAGGGGUGCGCCCGGAAUAUCUCGAGAAGGGAACUGCGGGGUUCAUCGACUACGUCAAGAAGCAGCUGUUGUCGAAGCCCGGCUGCAGUCGACGGAGCUACUCGUGGUGUGCUACGACCGACAGGAACUGGUGCCCGUGAUCAAAGGACACGAGCAGCUCGGGAGAACCGAGAAACUUGGUGAGUGCUCUAGGACCUUCGACCCGAAGUCAACAGACCCGGUUCCGUCGUUGCAGUACGGGCCAUGGCUUCGAGCCGAUGGUAUGGCGGCGCGGGACGGAAUCGCCACCCACCUCGCCACGCGCGUGCUAGCUGAUGAUGUCUGGACCGGCGACACCAAACCGAACGGAAUCGCCGCAUUCUACGGCGUUGGAGGUGAGCCUGAUCUGAGUGUUGAUCAUCCACCUGGUGUACAUGCCGAGGGCAUAGGUCUCGAGGUGGGGAGGGAAGGUGCCGGGAAGGCGCUUUCCGAAACCGAACCACUCCUUCACUUUCGAGACGGAACCAACACGAUCGAGGGUGUCGAGCGACAGCGUGGGCCAGACAUCGGCGAGGCGGAGCUCUCCGUGAUACACUUCAUCGUUUGGGCGAAGAAGUACUGGGGGGAAAGCUUCGACAAGUGGAUCGUUUCAUCGGUAGACACGGACCUAUGGAUGAUCAUUCUACUGGCGAUGACCACUGGUUGGCUCACGCCCCGUGGCGAGAGGGCGGUUGAUGUGACCGUCCAGAGGGUCGUGGGUGGCGAGACCAAGUUCCUGUGGAUGAACAGGGUGUUCGCCAGCAUCUGCGAACUCCAGGACGGAAGCGAGUCCGCGUGGCCGCCAUUGACCUUCGGGGGCUGGAUUCCCACGCACGACGACAAGGUCCGUCUGUUCGUGCUAACCUUCCUGGAGUCGGGCUGUGACUACCUCCGGGCAAUUUCCGGGCUGCCGUUCGACAAGAUGUGGGUACUCGUCCUUAAGAGUGUGCGGACGGAAGGUUUGUUUGACAAGCCGCUGUUCUUCGAAGAGCAGGACGGCACGUGGGCCGUGGAUGUCGACGAAUGCGCGAAGCUUUUGGCGACCUUGUUCUUCUACAAGGAUGAAGCGGCGUUUGGCACUGCUCAUUUAACUCCAGCCCAGGUGGUCCAAAGCGUCGAUGGCGACGUCGAGGCCUACGUGGGCGUGAUCCGCUACGCCAUCCUCCAACUCCCCAAGAAGAAGAUGACCGCCACCUGUCCGUCAUACUAUUCCUUGCGCAAGCAGGCCGAACGGGGUAAGGCCAGCUUCCGUUUGCCNGAGGCCUAUGUGGGCGUGAUCCGCUACGCCAUCCUCCAUCUCCCCAAGAAGAAGACGGCCGUCACCUGUCCGUCAUACUAUUCCUUGCGCAAGCAGGCCGAACGGGGUAAUGCCAUCUUCCGCAACGAUAUUUCCUCCGGCGAGGCCGCGGAAUCGAAGAACGCGGAAGAACUGGAGGACCCCGAGACGGACGAGAACGGCGACGGUUCGGUCGGUGCGCUCGACGAUUUGAUCAAGUUGGAUUCGGACGAAUCUGGGUCCAGCGAUGGGGAAUCUGACAGGUUGAGCGGGAAGAGCGACGACCUUGGCUGGAGUGACGGAGACACAGAUGAUGGUGUUGCGGAUCUCGUCACCGACGCCUGGAACUGAGAUCUGGCAACUUCUUCAGGUAGGUGCAUGCAACGUUUCUUGAGAGACCUGGCUUGGGAUUGGGGGUGUCGUGCCGGGCAUUCUUCCACGUCAGAUCUCCACAUCGUAGGGAAAGAUCUCUGUGGCGCGUGCUUCACUUCCGUUGGAUGCAGCCAUCCGUCAAAUACGACGACCCUGGGAUGCAAGAUAUCAGGCGGNUAGGUGCAUGCAACGUUCCUUGAGAGACCUGGCUUGGGAUUGGGGGUGUCGUGCCGGGCAUUCUUCCACGUCAGAUCUCCACAUCGUAGGGAAAGAUCUCUGUGGCGCGUGCUUCACUUCCGUUGGAUGCAGCCAUCCGUCAAAUACGACGACCCUGGGAUGCAAGAUAUCAGGCGGACUAACAGAAGCCUGACGCUGACCAGCCGGCUAGAGCGCGCGUUUUCUCCCCUAUAUUUUCCUACCCAGUUGCGCAGGGAAGUGGACGGGGGAGAUUCUUUUCCCUUCGGCCGCGCUGGGUGUCCGAUGUUUUUUGGCAUGGUACUUUGUUAGUCGCAAACUGCCUGAAAGGUAAGGGGAUGCUGUGUGCGUUCCGGGCCUGUGUCGUACU